AUGAUUCCAUCACCGCUUGCCCUUCUACUAUCGCUUCUGAGCCUUUCCUACCUCGUUCAUGCAUUACCGGAAGUCAAAGUAGGUAAUACAAUAAUAUCCGGCUUGUCACUCCCAAAUUUCGAACAAGAUUUCUUCGGCGGCAUCCCGUUUGCCGAACCACCUACCGGAGAUUUGCGCUUCGCUCCUCCUGUUGUUAAACUUGAUCCAGGAGUUCCUUCACUCAAUGCAACUCAGUUUGGAGUAGCUUGCGCUCAAGGAUUGGGAUUUGGAGAGAACGCCUCGUCAAUUGACAGCCUUCCUAUGUCAGAAGAUUGUCUUACCCUUAACGUCUUGCGACCAAGUGACCAGAACACGACGGAAGGUGGACUUGUUCCCGUCCUAGUUUGGGUGUAUGGCGGAGGCUUUUCAAACGGAGCAGCUUUGUUGUACAACGGCAGUGCUAUCGUUGCGCAGAGUGUCCAGAGGGGUAGCCCAGUCAUCUACGUGAACGUAAAUUACAGACUCGGCCCAUUCGGGUUUCCACAAGGUGCAGAAGCAGAAGCACAAGGCGCAUUAAAUCUAGGAAAUAAGGACAUUCUGGCUGCAUUGACAUGGGUUCAAAACAACAUAGCGGCCUUUGGUGGUGAUAAAGACAGAGUCACUGUGUUUGGAGAAAGUGCGGGGGCAAUCUUACUUGCGGAGCUACUUCUCGAUCCACAGUUUAAUCUCGCUAGAGCUGCGAUACUUGAAUCGGGCUCAGCGGCUUCGAAUGGAUUAUUCAACACGUCCAGUCAUGAACUGGUUUGGCAGACACUCGUUUCCGCUGUACCUGAAUGUGAAGGCGCUUCAAGUAAUGCCACAUUUGGCUGCCUUCGUAAUGCGAGUACCGAAACGAUUAUCAAUGCUUCAAACCAUGUGUUCAGCACUAUACCCUCCGAAUUUCCUUUCGCACCCUUGAUCGAUGGCCCUGGUGGAAUUAUUCCUGAUCUUCCCUCUAAGCUGUUCAAGAAAGGCCAAUUUUCACGCAUCCCGUUCAUUUCUGGAACCAACUUAGAUGAAGGCACCCUUUUCAUCCCUACAACCUUUAACUCGACUGAACAGCUUCGAGAAUGGGUUAUUUCAAACACCUCUUCACCCGUGGUAACCAUGUCGGGUCCGGACCCGGUAGCGGACGAGAUUCUUAAACUGUAUCCCGAUAUUCCCGCUCUUGGGUCCCCGUAUGGUACUGGGAACGAAACAUUUGGUUUGAGCCCACAGUUCAAACGAGUUUCUUCUGUGCUGGGUGAUCUGGCUUUCGUUUCUGUAAGACGGGAGCUAGUAGAGACAGCCAGUGAGCAUGGGGUACGGGCAUUUGCAUACCUCUUCGCAGAUCCGCAGACAGCAGGCGAACCUUUCCUUGGAGUUUCUCAUGGUUCUGAAAUUCUGUAUGUGUAUGGCGCGCCACAGAACGGACCAGACUCCGUGGUAUUGAGCAGCACCAUGAUCGACUAUUGGGUCUCCUUUGCAACAACACUUGACCCCAACGAUGGUCUCGGAAAUGCAUCACGACCUUUGUGGACACAAUAUACUACUUCGUCUAAGGAUGUCAUGCAGCUCAGCAGUGUCAACUUGACGAUGAUUCCAGAUACAUUCAGGGAUAAACAAAUCUCAUUCUUGAAUGAAAAUGCGAAAAAUCUUAGUCACUGAGGAGCAAUGUGUCCUAUCAUUUCGUACUCAUUCAUUUUGUUAAUUAUUGCUUCGGAGGACGUUUUUUGUCCAACUGUGUGUGUCCUAAUAAUAUUGAUCUACCAAAUUUGCACA